AUGGCUGGUCCUCAUACCUUCUUUGGAAGAAAAUUGAUUGUUAAGCCUUGGGCAGCUAAUUUCAAUUUCCAGGAGGAGGUAUUGAGAGUUGUGCAUGUAUGGGUCAGGUUGCCUAACUUGCCCCUUAUUUGUUGGGGGUCUGAUUCUCUCAGUAGAAUAGGAAGCCUUUUAGGAGCUCCAUUGUUUGCUGAUGAAUGUACCUCAAAACAACUUAGGAUCUCUUUUGUUAGAAUUCUUGUGGAAGUUGAUGUGACUAGAGAAUUGCCAAAGUCUGUUGUGGUGCAGGUUCCUGUGGGGAAGACUAUUCAACAAUGUGUGGAAUAUGAGUGGCUUCCUCCAUUUUGUAACACUUGUAAAGUUGUUGGUCACACUUGUAGUAAGGAGAAGAACAACACAACCAUAUUUAAGCCUGCAACAUUACAUCAGAAAAAGGUAAAGAAGGUGUGGCGGCCUAAGACUUUCAACCUGAAUACUUGUAGUGUUGAGAUUACUGAAAGUGAAAAGGGGGAGAUUGCUAAGGGUGUGAGUGAUGACUUUGUGGCUCACUUGGACCUAGUUGUCACACCAGUGGUGCCAAUACAGGAUGAUGGUUGGAGGGUGGUCUCAAGGAGAAAUAGGGAGGUUAGAACCCCAGUUCAGACAGUUGGCUUGGCUCAAGUGCAUAUUAUAACUGAUGGAGUUGCUAAUGAUGGUGGGGGCACUGGGAUGGACUCAGUUAUUGAUCAAACAUGA